AUGACGGAGAACGAGCAGGCCAUCUCCACAAGGCUACCGUUACUACCGUCCGCGGCGUUGCCCAGCCCCUUCCAGCCACGGAACCCGGAGCCUGUGGUACACCCGGCGCAGUUGCCGUGCGCGGCGCUGGACAACGUCCACCUGACCCUGGAGAACAAGGAACUCUGGACCAGGUUCUAUCUCCUCGGGAACGAGAUGAUCAUCACCAGGCCCGGCAGGCGCAUGUUCCCGGUGAUGCGAGUCAAGGUGUCAGGCAUGGAGCCCACUUCGUACUACAUGAUGCUGAUGACCUUCGUGGCGCGGGACCACUACCGCUACCGCUUUCUCAGCAACUGCUGGCUGCCCGUCGAAACGGCCACGGACCCUCCGGCCGGCGAAAGCAAUAUGUACCUCCACGAGAGCGGGCCCUGCCUUGGUGCCAAGUGGAUGCUGGCGCCCGUGGACUUCGGCGCCGUCAAGCUGACCAACCAGAAGAGCAACUCCUCUCAGAAGGUGAUGCUGCAGUCGAUGCGCAAGUACGUUCCCUACAUUCACGUGUUCGCCGGAAGUGACGUGCAGCAGCUCGAUUUCCGACGCUUCAAGACGUUCAUGUUUCCGGAGACCGAAUUCAUCUCGGUCACCUCGUACCAGAACGAUCAGAUAAUUGCGUUGAAAAUACAGAACAAUCCAUAUGCCAGGUCAUUCUGCAGCAACACAGACAGGAGAAAUGCUAUCAGGCGUCUGACGGAUGAAGAAUUGGGGUCUGGCGAUGACACGGCUGGUCACAGCUGGCAUCGCACUGCAGUUGGAUCCCGCCUUCGAAAAUCCUUUUCGUGCCCCGACCACAACCAGUACCACGCCCGCCACCUGUACUGGCACUGCCACGCCAAUCCAGCCUCCCUGCCAAGCUUCGGCCCGACUCUAUCGAAUGGCUCCGUCGCGAACACGCUUCCGCAUUCGCAGUCUCCGUACGCAAGGUGCGCCCCGUCCGAGCCCCUGUUCAGUUCGCUCGCUCCCUACGCCACCCCACUGGACCUCUACUCGUCUCUCUACAGCGUGGCCCCACCGGCGCGUUACACCACCGCACUUACUGAGCCCAGCAACGGCACCCGCACCUUACAUUUUGUCGAGGUUCGUCGGUGGCAGUCAGUGCGCGAGAUCCGCAGUGUCUACGCCGUCUGUCGCGUCACUGUCGUCUGCUCUCUCGGCGUCGUCUGCAAUGCCGUGCGCGACGACUUUGGCGUCGGCGCUGGAAACAGUGUCGCACGCGGCGCCAAUCGCAUCCCGCUUGCCAAUCCCAUUCGGCGCCACGACAGCGUCUGA